UUCCAUCAUCUUGAUCGACACAAGUCUACAGCCCUGUGACCAUGUCCUACAGAACAUUGGCUGCAUGUUUCUUCUGCCUUUUGGCUCUCUCUUCUGCAUGCUACAUCCAAAACUGUCCCAUCGGAGGCAAGAGAUCUGUGAUGGAUAUAAUGGAUAUCAGGAAGUGUAUCCCUUGUGGACCAAGAAAUAAAGGUCAUUGCUUUGGGCCCAACAUCUGCUGUGGAGAAGAGUUGGGUUGUUACUUUGGAACUUCAGAGACUUUAAGAUGUCAAGAAGAAAACUACCUGCCCUCUCCAUGCGAGUCUGGCAGAAAGCCAUGUGGGAAUAACGGAGGGAACUGUGCAGCCUCUGGUAUAUGCUGUAACCAUGAGAGUUGUACAAUGGACCCAGCAUGUGAGCAGGAUUCUGUAUUUUCCUAGAUAAGGCAUUUAGAAGACGAGUCAUACCAAUACACACCGUUUAAAGAAGGAAAAAUAUCACAUCGGAUUGGACAUACACGCUAUGUAUAACUGUACUGUAUGCAAAAUAAAUUAUCUUUAA